UUUGAAAAGAAAAUUGAGUACCUUUUUCUUGAAGAGAUGAUUUGGUUUGGAUUCUCGAAAAAAAUUAGAAAUACAAGUUUGCCCUCUGCUUUUGGGAGAUGCGAAUUCACAUCUUUAUUCUUUUCUUGCUAUUUAUCCUCAAAGAUUGCAAAAGGCCCCUGUCCUCAAAUGUCAUAACAUACUCUGACUUCACUUCUCAAACAGUAGAGUAAAGUUGCAGUCUUUGAUCAUUUCUCUCUCUCUCUCUCUCAACCCACUAUUACAAAAUGGGUUCUGAAGGAUCGUCGCAGGUUGUUGUACCAAGGAGCUUCAGGUUAUUGGAAGAGCUCGAGAGAGGAGAGAAGGGAAUAGGUGAUGGAACUGUAAGUUAUGGGAUGGAUGAUGCUGAUGAUGUAUACAUGCAGUCAUGGACAGGAACCAUCAUCGGUCCUCCUAAUACUGUACACGAAGGGCGCAUAUACCAAUUAAAACUAUUCUGUGGGAAAGAUUAUCCAGAUAAUCCACCAACUGUGAGGUUCCAGACAAGGAUAAAUAUGAGCUGUGUAAACCUGGAGACUGGUGUGGUCGAACCCCAUCGUUUCCCUAUGCUUUUAGACUGGAAAAGGGAGUGCACGAUGGAGGAUAUCUUGAUACAGCUCAAAAAAGAAAUGAUGUCUCCCCAAAAUCGUAAACUGUCUCAGCCUCCUGACGGUCCGUCUCUUCUAAUUUGCUUCUUUGUAGACGAACUAGAAAUUUAUGAAUCAUAUUCCAUCCCUCUAUUUUCUUGCUUGUUUCCUUUCUUUGCUUUGAACUGCGGACUACGAGAUGCCUUUAGCAUAGAGAUGUUGUGGAUCUGGCUUUUUAAUCAAAGAAUUUUGCUCAAGAUAUGAAAUAAGAACCUCUCAUUCAUGUUUGGUUUUCUACUUUUUUUUUUUGUGCUUUGGGGGUAAAAUUCAUAGAUUUCUUGUUAACAGGCAACGAGGAUGCUAGGUUGGAAAAAGGGAUAAUCAUCAGAUGCUGCAUUCUCUAAUUAUUAUUAUUAUUAUUAUUAUUAUUAUUAUUAUUAUUAUACAUAAGAAAAGUGUAAAAUCCCAUGUAGUUUGUGGAACAUGUACUGUCCAAAUGUAACAUAAUCACUCUCGUACUCACUUCCAUUAUCCAUCCGAUAAUUUGUAUCUGUUGUGCACAUUUUAGCUUUUUCAUGUUCACAGUUAAGGGUAAAAUAUGUUUCGUUUGUAAUA